UGAGGCCAUCCGGCAGAGUUUUAUUUAGGGCUGUGGGUGCUCUGAGGCUCCCCAGCAGCUGUCGUGAAUUGUGUACGCGCAUGUGUGCUCGUCUGGACUUUCCAGUAGCCUACUUUGCAACAUACAACUUUGUCCGAGAAUCACAGUGGCAAUGACUCUCCAGUGGACGGUGGUGGCUUUCUUCCUGUAUGCAGAGAUCACAGUCAACCUUAUUUUGUGUGUGCCUUUAAUAUCAGCACAGCGGUGGCGUUUGAUUUUCAGCUGGAGAAUAUGGAGCUGGUUAUCUCCUUACUGGAAUAAAUGCUUUUUUACAAUAAUAAUGGUCCUUAUUGUUCUUUUCCUGGACGCUUUACGCGAGGUGCAGAAGUAUUCCGGUCCCGAGCCGAUGCAAGAUGCUAAAGUGAACCCAAAUGUGUAUGACCACGUCCACAUGAAGCUUUUCAGAGCCCAGAGGAACCUCUACAUAUCUGGCUUCUCUCUCUUUCUCUGGCUUAUCAUGCGUCGGGUUGCCAGUUUGCUAAACCAGGUUGCUGUCACCAUGGAGGACAGCGCAGGUCUUCAGUCACAAAUAGACAAUGCUGUGAGAGCAGCGAAACAGCACCAGGAGGACAAACUGACCCUCAAGCAAUCUUUCCUGGAAAAGGAAAAAUCCAUGUCAGCAACAAAGCAGCAGCUGAAGCUGGAGGUCGAAAAGCUGGCGGGUCAGCUGAAGACUGCCGAGGAGGCUGUUCGUAAGUCUGAUGCAGAUAUUGAGGCAAUGAGGAGGCAAGCCAAAGGUCUGGCUCAGGAGUAUGACAGACUGCUCAGGGAACACCAUCAACUCCAGAAUCUUCAGAGCGCUGAAGACAAAAAGGAUCGGUGAACACUAGAACACAGUAUCAGCUCUUACUUCCUUCCAUGGAUAUUUUUUUUCUCAUAUCUCUGGAUUGUGUGCUGUAUCUAGUUUGCUACCCGACCUGUUUUUAUUGUCUUUGAAUCUUCAUUGUUGUUUAAAGUUUGAACUGAGUGCAAUAGACAAAUCUUGCUAUUAACUUAAAGUAACUCUUCAUUAUGAAUAUGCAUUGUUUCCUUUUUUACUGACUGCUAAGCUGUGUUAUAAACACAAAGUGUUACUGUAAUGACUUUUUAUAGUGUACAUCAGUGGGAAAAUACUAAAUGCUUCAAACAAG